AUGUGGCACGUGUUUAUAAUUCUGGCAUUGUUAAUGAUAGCAGAACUUCGCAUAUUCUCCCCAUUAUACUCUAGAAAAUUUGUUCAUUUGGGGGCAGGAUUGAUUAUUGCGGAUUUGGGUUACCCUAUAAAUCCACAGGUCUAUAUCUUUAUACAAAUAAUUGCUAUAACUUCAAUCUUCCUGACCUUAUCAUACCCUUUCACAUUUGGCAAGAAGUAUGACGUUGGUAUCAUUACUUACAAUGCCUUUGUUUUAUUCUGGGUUACUGCUAGAUUUCCAAUCAAAUUCAUUUUGCCAGUGUUUAUUUGUGAUCCAUUAGGCGCUAUUGUAGGCUUAAAUAUCCCGAGCCCCAAAUGGAAUGGCAAGAAAACAGUGACAGGGUCUAUUGCCGUAUUGGUAUCUGGCUAUUUUUGUUUAUAUUACGUAAAAUCGCUUGCCUGGAGAAUGAUAUUAUCUGUUCUUAUUUGUUUAUGUGAGUCAUACGGGGGGAAAUACGAUAAUUUUUGCAUCAGCUUGUUUAUGCUUAUUGUUUAUAUAACUUCCAAAUCACUAAAGAUUCCAUUGGAUCACUAUAUACUCAGCAAACCACUUUUCACAUAA